AUGAAUACCGAAAAAAAGAUUGACGAUGAGUCAGGGCUACAGUCUCGUGACUCAACACCAUCAUCAACAGACGACAAACAAGGAUUUUGGUCAUCCUUUAAAGAUUCGUUUAAACCACCACUAGAUGAAAAGAAACCACAAACCAUCGACAGUGAUAUAGACGAGAGAACACCUUUGACAGAUGUGCAAAAGAUUAAUAUCAAUUCAGCCAAUCAGAAUUUACGUCGAGAGUUGAAAACAAGACACUUGCAGAUGAUUUCCAUUGGAUCAAGUAUAGGCACUGGUUUGUUUGUGGGUACAGGAAGUGCUUUAAAUACUGGUGGACCUGGAGCUAUCAUUAUUGCUUGGUUUAUCACAGCCACUGCGGUAUUCUCAACAAUGCAAGGAUUGGGUGAAUUGGCAACAACUUUCCCUGUUAGUGGUAGUUUCAAUGUAUUUGCAAGUCGAUUUGUCGAACCAGCAGUGGGAUUUGCAGUGGGGUGGAACUAUUUUUUACAAUAUUUUACAUUAUUACCUUUGGAGUUGGUGGCGGCAGCAAUCACGAUACAAUAUUGGAACUCAGGAAUCAACUCAGAUGUCUUUGUUAUCAUUUUCUGGUUGGCCAUUACAUUUAUUACACUCUUUGGUGUAAAGGCUUUUGGUGAGGUGGAAUUUGUGCUAUCGACUCUCAAGAUUUUGGCUGUUAUUGGGUUUAUCAUAUUGGGGAUUGUUUUGAUUGCUGGUGGUGGACCAACUCAUGAGUUUGUUGGUGGCAAGUAUUGGCAUAACCCGGGGCCGUUUGCUGCUGGGUUCAAAGGUGUGGCUUCUUGCAUUGUUACAGCUGCUUUCUCAUAUGGUGGUACUGAGAUGGUUGGGCUAACUGCAAGCGAAACAUCAAAUGUUCGUCAAUCAUUGCCCAGAGCGAUUAAGCAAGUAUUUUGGAGGAUUGUGCUUUUCUAUUUUGGUUCAUUGAUUAUGAUUUCGUGUUUGGUUCCAUACAAUGAUAAAAGGCUAUUGGGACUGAGUUCAGUAGAUGUGUCUGCAUCAGCAUUCACCAUAGCAAUCAUCAACGGGGGGAUCAACGGAUUACCAAGUGUUAUCAAUGCCGUGAUUCUAGUUUCGGUAUUGUCCGUUGGCAACACUGCCGUUUAUGCCACCUCAAGAACGUUGAAAUCUUUAGCGGAACAAGGAAUGGCACCAAAAUGUGUUGGGUACGUUGAUCGUGCUGGAAGGCCCAUAAUCGCCAUUGGAAUCACCAAUGCUUUUGGGUUGUUUGCAUUGAUUGCAGCCAAUGACAAUGCCCAAAAAUCAGCAUUUGAUUGGUUAUUGGCGAUAUCAGGAUUAUCAUCUAUCUUUACUUGGAUUUGCAUCAACUUGAGUCAUAUAAGAUUUAGAGCAGCAUUAAAAGCACAAGGUAGAACCACUGAUGAAUUACCAUUUGUUGCCCAGUCUGGAGUUUGGGGAUCAUACUAUGGUCUAAUACUAAAUAUCUUAUUCUUGGUGGCUCAGUUCUGGAUUGCAUUGUUUCCGUUGGGAAAGUCACCUAGUGCAUACAAUUUCUUUUUGAAUUACUUGGGGUUCCUCGUGUUGGUUAUCUCUUGGGUUGGAUACAAAGUUUGGAAACGUAAUUUGAAGCUGUAUUUGCCAAUUGAGGAAAUUGAUAUUGAUACCGGACGCGCAGAUGUUGAUACGGAUUUAUUGAAGCAAGAGGUUCAAUUGGAAAGGGAAGCGUUGGCACAAAAGCCCUUCUAUGUACGGUGUUAUAGAUUCUGGUGUUGA